CUAUAUCAACACACAGACGCCAUUAAUAUUAAAGGCAGAGAGACGGAAAAUCAGAGGGUGCAGUUCAGAGAUGGAUUCGAAGUCUCGGCGGUUUCCGUUCGCUGUCUCCAGCUCUUCAUCGCUGUCAUCGCCCUCCUCGCUCUCUUCCUCAUCUUCGGCGCUCAGUGCGAGUCGACUCUAUGGCAGAGGGAGCGUCUUGGGAAGAGAUCGCUUCAGCAGAGACGCUUCUGUCAAAUUAGACUCUGACUAUCAGAGCUCCCGUCUGCUGAGCUCACCAAGAGUUUACAGUUCGGCUGAGAGUCGUCAUUCCAACUGGAAACUCUCUACUCCUGUCACCUCCUCCUCUUCUUCUUCAUCAUGUGAUCGAUCAUGGACAGAAUCCAGCAGUGGGGACAGAGUCAGACUUACAGACUCUGAGAGAAGGCUGGGAACCUACUGUGGACUUCUUGGCACUUCCCAAGACAGCGAGUCUAAAAGAGCCAAACUUUCCUACACGAAUAGAGAAGUUUAUUCCAGAACCCCAUCCACAUCUAAGCCUGCCACUUCUUACUCGACUCUAGGUUCUUCGUGGAAAAGCAGCAUUAGUCCUUUGUCAAGAUCAUCCUCUUCAUCAUCAUCCUCUUCAGUGUCCACUCCAUCAGAGAGUCUGUGGGCCCGCAGAGAUUUGGAGAAGAGGGUGGAUUCGGGACUGUCCUCACUGGGGGAGUCCAGUUACCGGCCCAGUAGCCUAACAUCUUCACUGUAUCGUUCAGAACGUGUUACUUCUACCUAUGCACAAGGCGCUCGACCCAAAGAUAGCCAGUACUCAUCUCACAGAGAGAACAGUUCAUCUAGUCGCCGCAUCCCAUCUGAGUACAUCCCCUCCCCUCUAGAGCGCAACUCUCAAAGGUUAACCUCUGAUUACCAGUCUCCUCUAUUCCCUCGGGAUACACCACGCUCCAGCUCCACCAGAACCUCCACCUCUGUAUCGGACACCUCCCACCAUUCAUCCUGGAGCUCCACCCCUUACACACCCCUAACUGCCUGUACCUCCAGCCCACCUUCCUCUAUCCCUGCUCCUACUCCACUGCCUGCUCAGAAUACCGGAGAAUCAGAUGGUAGAGGAACAACCAGGCGUCUCCUAUCCCGUCUUUUCUCCCGACGUUCAAGUCAGGAGUCAAACUCCACUGCUAGCACUGCCUCCGAUUCAAGGUCCUACGACUCAAGCCCAGAUGAAGCCCCUCCCACUGAAGCUCCUCCUCCAAUCAGUAGAGAGAAUUUAGAAGCAGAGCUGAGGAACUCCGAUCCAGCUCAGGCGUUUUCGUUCUUGCGCAGACGUGGACCAUCUCUUGCACCCGUCCAGGAGAGCACUGACGUAGAGCCCGAACAGGAGUCCCUCAGACCUCCAGCGGGCCUGUCCUGGCUCAACUGGAACCGAUGUACACCACUGUUCUCCCGUCGCAGGAGGGAAGGCCGUGAUGAAAGUGCGCGCAUGGACCCUCAUCGUUCGCCCCAGUUCUCCUUGGGUGACCGAGACGGCCGUAAAACACCUGAUCAGAGCACACAUUGUGAAGAUGAGGAUGACGAGGAUGAUGAUGAGGAUGAGUCCUCUGAGGGCGCUGCAGCGGGACCCUCUUCUGGAGCCUCUGUACUCUCUGCAUCACUGCUGCAGAAUGGAGCCAGUUUGGCAGGACGGAGCCACGGCAUGGGAAGGGGGAUGAACAGCCCACUCUUCCGUUUGCCUGAGAAUGUGUUGAUUGGUGUCGGAGUAGAAGGGAGGAGUCAAGCUGAUGAGCAGCCCAAAGACAAACCUGCCCCAUCCAGAGACCCAGAGAGACUGCGAAAGAUUCAGGAGAGCCUGCUGUUGGAGGAAUCUGAUGAGGAGGAGGGUGAUCUGUGCCGAAUCUGUCAGAUGGGGGAGCAGUGGAGUUCCAACCCUCUGAUUGAGCCCUGCAAGUGCACAGGCAGCCUGCAGUAUGUGCACCAGGACUGCAUUAAGAAAUGGCUCCGCUCCAAAAUCAGCUCUGGUUCUAACUUGGAGGCUAUCACUACCUGUGAACUUUGUAAGGAAAAACUGCACCUAAACAUUGAAAACUUUGACAUCAAUGAGCUCUACAGAUCUCAUGAAAGGUCGGAGUAUGAGUUCAUAAGCUGUGGUCUGUACCUGGUGGUGCUCCUGCACUUGUGUGAGCAGAGGUUUUCUGAUGUCCUGGGCGCAGUCAAUGAUGCUGGGUUUUUCAACUUGGCGAGAACUCUACACGAACACAUGGACAAUCUUGAAAGUUCAUAUGCAGAAUCUGAUGAAGAUGAAGCGGAGGACAGCAGACCCUCCAUUGACUUCUGUGACUUGGAGGAUGAUGAUGAAGAAGAAGAAGAAGAAGAGGAGGGGGAUGAGGUUUAAUUGGGUGGCUGGGAGGAAGGAGAUGUGGCUUGGCGGUCCAUCUCUCAGGCUCCUCCCACUUUAGCCAGGAUUUAGCCAGUGUGUGAUUGGCAGCAUAACCACUGUUCUCAGCCUAUCGCAAGGCUUUCAUAAUAUGCAGAUAAAUCUACACAUUUCUGGGGGCUCUUUAGAUCCCAUUAUUUUUUUUGUUUUUGUUUUUGCAUCAGAAUUUGGUGAGCACUCUAAAGCUUUUUCAGUUGAAGGAGGAAAAAAAAUAUCCGGUGAACUGUCGACCACCAUGAGUGCUUUAUUCAUGCUUAGAAUCUGGUUUGUGUAAAGAGAGGAUCUUUUUGAAGAUUCAUACACUUACAGUGGUGCAGUUCAGAAAUGUUCAUCUGCUCCUUUUUAUAGGGCUGCUUGAAAAGGAGAUUACAUUUGGUCAUGAUGUCUUGAUGAUUUUUUUAAAAAAAAAAAUAAAUAAAUGUCCUGUUUUUUGUUUUUAUGUGAUCAAUACACUUGUUUUUGUGGAGAUUUGGUGAGUGAGAAAAUGUGGUCACUUUUUUUCUUUCAAGACUUUCGUUACAGAGGACCUUUUCCACUGUCUGUUUGUAUGUUGUACAUUGACAAUGUAAUUUGCUUGAGUUAUUACAAUAAAAUGGAGGUAUAUUGUUACCUCACAAAAAUCCUC